AUGAACUUGGACGGCUUCCAGAAGGCUCUGGCGGACCUUCAGGGCCGCUGCUCCACGCUGCUCGGCAACCUCACCCGUCUCCAGCCCAACCACGGUCCAUUUCCCGCCCUUCCCACCAGCCCGCCCUGGGCCCGGAUUGCACCACCGGGCCGGGGCAGGCCCAUGACGGUUGAGGCAAUCGAGGAGCGGUUGGAGGGGAUACCCGUUUACGCCCUCAGCAACGCUUCGGAGGAGUUUCUUUUGGUCUCGGGCUCUUCCACCGGAAAGCACCUAGGUCUCUUCUGCUUUAACAAGGAUGACGCCGAAGCGCUCCUCAACCAGGUCACGCUUAUCGACCCUCACGCGCGCCAGGGCUCCAAAGUCGUUCCCGUUGCGCUCAACAAGGUCCUCUAUUCUUCUCUUUCCACACCUCUUCUUCUUCGCUCUGUUUCCUUUGGUUACUUGUCUCGCGCUUGUUUCUUCAGGUGUUUCAGCUCAAGGUGA